CGGUUACACUCCAACCUACAGAUACUCUGCUCCCCGCUGGAGUAAAGUUACAGACUUUCUCCGUGCUCCAUCACCUCCUCCAGAUCCAACUUUGCCAGACGUUCCACUAAUCCGGUUGACAGAAGAGCAAGACAUGGCCAAACGAAGCCGAAUCAAAUACCUGCUCACCGCAACGUCUACCGAGAUACCGAGCGUCGUCACCCACUCUCCAGCCGCCGGUCAGUCAAGGGGUGCCGUGGUCGCCCUAGCUUCUCAAGCUGCCGGGGAGUCAAGCCAAACAACACGCCGGGCUGGCAAAAGAGCUCGCACGGACUCGUCUGCCGAGCUGAUUACCGAACUGUCCACCGAGCAACCUACUGUCACAGCUGACCCAACGCCGGCAUGGAGACCGCAGCUCAAGCAUCGGGGAAAGGAGAUCCCGACAACGGCCUCUGUCAAGGGAGACAAAGAACACCUUCUUGCCUUUGAUCUCUCCAAAGCCCUUCUUCUGCCGAGCGACGUGGUUGGCAGCGACCACGUUCCUGACACCCGGCUGGUGAAAUCAGCCGUGAAGUCUAUAACCAGGGCCAUCCAAAAACAACACUUAGCCAUGGAGCGCAUCCACCGACUUCGGCAAAAGGCAGUCGACACUGACAGCUAAGUCCAAAGCCUCCAAGCCGAGCUUGGCCGGGCAAAAGCAUCUCUCCAAAUCGCCAAUGAUGACAACAACAGGUUGCACGGUCAGCUUGAUGAGGCCGAGAAGAAGCGCGAUGAGCUCCAGGCCGAGCUGGACGCUCUGAAAAAGUCAAGGAAAAAGGACUGCCGAGAUGAAAACAACGCCGGCUUCCUAGAAGCUGAGGGAAGCUACAAGAAGCAGGCCUUUGCUACCCAAGACAUCUACUUCAAAGCGGGUUGGAAGUCUGCCUGCGAGCAUCUCAGUCAGGGUCCUGAUACUGACGUCUUUGCCACCCCGCCGCUUGCUUCCUUGCCGGCCUACCUUGUGCCAUAUGCCAAUGACGUCUUCAAUGCAUUGCAGGCUGAGGCCGAGGAAGGGCUUGAAGAGGAAGAAGCCGGGGAAGACACUGACGGAGAGGAGCAACCAGGACAGGAGCAACCCGGCCGAACUGAGCCCGGUGUAGAAGACCGAUCUCCAGCAGUGAACUUGGAGACAACUCCGGAUGAUGAAUUCACCAAUCUCUCCCCCUUAGCUUAGUUUUUCCUUUUUUCUAUUGCUUUGCACAUGUAACCGGGCUUUCUGCCCCUCCUUUUGUAUUAACUUUCUAUCAAUGAAAAGCUUUAAUUGCAUAAGUGUUUGCACGGUUUUCUCGAACUCUAUCUUCAGCAAAACAUCUCAGUUUAAAUCACGAAGUUGCACAAAUCACCAACUAGCUUGACCGGAGUUAACAUCUCGGUAAAUUUAGUAAAAUUGAUUAACUUCUUCAACCGGAAUAAACAUCUCGGUGGGAACAACAAAGUUGAACAA